AUGAUCACAACAAUUGCAGGAAAUGGAACUAAAGGAUACAAUGGAGAUAGUCCUUACCAGCCAUCCCUUUCACAUUUCUCUCCUUUCUUUUCACACAUUUCGAAACAUGAAAGAGACAUGAUUCCCAACACCAAACUCAUUGUUUUUCAACCACUUUUUGAAAAACUUUGUCCUCAUUUUCAUUCCACCAUUUUGAAAGAUUUUAAUUUACUUUCUUCCAUGUCUUGUCGUGAACAUGAAUUAAUUCAACAUAUCAUUGAUUUUGUUUUAUAUGACCCAGACAAGCUUGUGGAACCUAUAAUGACUUGUGAAAUUAUUGAAUACUUGUACAUUUUGGGUCUAGCUCAAGGUGAAUUUAUGGAAUUGAAAAAUUAUUUUAUUUUAGUGUUAUUAGAGAAACACAUUACAUCUGAAAAUGUCAUUGACACAUUAUUGAUGAUUGAACAAUACUUGACAAAACAACUCUCUCAUUCGAUCAUGCUCAAGUUAAAGAAUUAUUGUUUGGAAUUUAUUCAAAUCAAAUUAAGAGAAGAGUCUUAUAUUAUAAGAGAUCCAAGACUCAUUCCUUACGAUGUUGAAAUUCUUGAAAAAUGUUCAAAUACAACUAUAACCCCCAUCGUUCUUGAAGACUCAAUUGAAAAUCCAAUACCACCAGAUGAAAUCAUAAAGUCAUUGUGGAAUGACAAACGUACGAGUGACAUUCGAAUCAAACUCUCACACAAGAAGAACAAUUCCUUUAUUUAUGCUCAUCGAACCAUCUUGGGUUCUCGUGGAAAACUUUUUGAAGCCAUGUUUAACAGUGGGUCACAAUUGGAAGAUCUGAAAUAUGAUGAAAAAGAUGAAAUUUUCACACUCAUUCCUUCCACACCUCAAGAUGCAAUUAGUUUGGAAUAUAUUGUCAAAUAUUGUUAUAAUCAAUUGGAACAUAUUGAAUCAGAACAUGCCGCUUCACUCAUUUUGACAGCAUCAGUGAAUGAAAUGCCAGAAUUAGUUUCUCUUGCGUUUAAAUCCAUUCACAUUGAUUGCAGUAAUUAUUUUGAAUUUGCAAAUUCAUUGGAUUUUGAAAAUGAUUUAUUUUCAGAUGUGAUUCAAAUCAUGGUUGAUUUUGGAGUGAAUCAUAGACAUGAAUUAUUCAAUGAAAACUCUGACCUUGAUCAAUUACCUGCUUCUCUCUCGCACAAACUAGUUGUCAAGUUUGCAAACAUGUAA